AAAAUCUCACUUGAAAUUUAUUAUUCAUGUCUCUUUUUUUAUUUUGAUCUGCCAUUAUAUGAAAGGCAUGUAAAAAUCCGAUUAAAUUACCAGGUCCAAAUGGUAUCUCCUUCUCAUUUCUAUGGAACUAAUGUUCAAAGAUUGAAAUCUGAAAAAAGAAGAGAAUUGUUAACUGUUAUCCUUAUCCAUUUCCUCUAUUUAAACCCUACCAUAGCACCUUCACUGGCAUGCUCUUCCAGUACCCCCAAUACCUAUCAACUCUUCUUUGAUCUACCUACCUACCUACACAUCGAUACAUCCCAACCCCAAUUGAUUUCAUGGCAACAGUGAAAACACAAGCAGCAUGGGCAGAACUACUAGGAAGCAAUGAAUGGGAAGGUCUGCUUGACCCCCUUGACCUCAGCCUCAGGAAACUCAUCCUCCGCUGCGGUGACUUCUGCCAAGCCACCUAUGAUUCCUUCAUCAGUGAUGCAAACUCCAAAUUCUGUGGCAGCAGCCGCUAUGGCAUGAAAUCAUUAUUCCAACAAGUAUGCCUACCUUCUGCAUCAGACUACCAAAUCAUCACCUUCCUCUAUGCCACUUCAAGCAUUGAUGUCUCUGACGCCUUCCUCAUCAACUCUACAUCCUCAGAAGCUUGGGACCGCCAGUCCAACUGGAUGGGAUACAUUGCUGUCACCACGGACCAAGUCAGUAAGGCCAAUGGCAGGCGUGAAGUUUAUGUUGCUUGGCGUGGAACCAUCCGAACUCUUGAGUGGGCUGAUGUUUUUCAAGCUAACCUCGUGCCUGCCACGCCAUUGUUGGGAUCUGGCAAUGGUACCGAUGGUGAUGGUGAGGAUGUGGCAGAGGUCAUGGAAGGUUGGCUCAAAAUUUACACUUCCAACAAUCCGGACUCUCCUUUCAGUAAGACCAGCGCGAAAACUCAAGUUCUGACAAAGAUCAAAGAAUUGAUGGAACAGUACAAAGACGAAAACUUAAGCUUGAUAUUCACAGGACAUAGCCUAGGCGCGGCACUUGCAGCUCUGAGCGCUUUUGAUGUGGUGGACAAUGGUGUUGCGGAUCAUGUCCAAGUAGCGGCUUUUGUGUUUGGUUUGCCAAUGUUGGGCAACAAGGUCUUCUGUGACAAGCUCAAGGCGCUGCAAAACCUGCGAUUAUUACAUGUGAGAAAUGUAAUAGACCUCAUACCGCACUAUCCUAGCACGUUGUUGGGGUAUGCAUAUGUUGGAAUUGAGCUGCUGGUGGAUAGUAGGAAGUCAAUAUACUUGAAGACUUCACUAAAUCCAGGAGACUGGCAUAACCUGCAAGGUAUUCUGCAUGUGGUUGCAGGUUGGAAUGGAAGUAAUGGAGAGUUUGAGCUGAAGGUGAAGAGGUGUUUGGCUCUUGUGAACAAGUCCUGUGAUUUUCUCAAGGAUGAAUAUAAUGUUCCAGGGUCAUGGUGGGUUGAAAAGAAUAAAGGGAUGGUGCUUGAUAAAAAUGGAGAUUGGGUUUCUGCCAUGCCAUUCGAAGAUGCUGGAUUUUGACUAGUUGGCUCCAUCCCAAGGGUACCCUAGCUGCUUUAUUUAUCACUUAUGUUAAUUGUUCCUCCAAAAAUCAAAUAUAUAUAUGUGUGUGUGUGUUUAUGUAUGUAUUCUGAAGUUCAUCAGGCGUGCAUAAAGGAAGUUGAUCCUUCUGUAUUCCCCAAUUGAAUAAAUCCCAUUACCAUAUCCACAUACAA